CGGCGGCGGCGGCUCAGACUCCAGCGGGCCCCCAGCCGCCAGGACCGACCCGUCAGCAGGCAGCCACCGGAGUUAUCAUUCAUCAUCAUCACCACGGUGACCCCGCCGGCCCCCGCCCGGCGUCCCAGGCAUGAGCGGAGGAGCUCUGGCCGGAGGGCCGGCGGGGCCGGGCCCCGGGCCGGGGGAGCGCUUCGAGGGCGUCCGGCCGCCCGGCCCCGGGUCGGCCGACGACACGGACGCCAACAGCAACGGGUCCAGCGGCAACGAGUCCAACGGGCGUGAGUCCCGCGGGGCCUCCCAGCGCAGCUCCCACAGCUCCUCCUCCGGCCACGGCAAGGACUCUGCCUUGCUCCGCUCCACGGGCAGCAGCAAGAGCACCAACUCCCAGAGCCCAUCCCCACCCAGCAGCUCCGCCGCCUACAGUCUCCUCAGCGCCAGCUCCGAGCAGGACAACCCGUCCACCAGCGGCUGCAGCAGCGAGCAGUCGGCCCGGGUGAAGACGCAGAAGGAGCUGAUGAAGGCCCUGAAGGAGCUGAAGCAGCGGCUGCCGGGCGAGCGGCGGGGCACGGGCCGCUCCGGGACGCUGGCCACCCUGCAGUACGCUCUGUCCUGCGUCAAGCAAGUGCAGGCCAAUCAGGAUUACUACCAGCAGUGGAGCCUGGAGGAAGGACCGCCCGGCGCCUCGGACCUCUCCUGCUACACCCUGGAGGAGCUGGAGAGCAUCUCUUCGGAGUACACCCUCAGCAACCAGGACACGUUCUCGGCGGCCGUGUCCUUCCUGACGGGCCGCAUCCUGUACGCGUCGGACCAGGCGGCCCCGCUGCUGCGCUGCCGGCCCGAGAGGCUGCGGGGGACCCGCUUCUCGGAGCUCCUGGCCCCGCAGGACGUCGCCGUCUUCUAUGGCUCCACCGCCCCUUCCCGCCUGCCCCGCUGGGGGGCCGCGGCCACGCCAGCCUCAGGCCCUCUAAAUUAUGCCCAGGAGAAGGCCAUAUAUUGCCGCAUCAGGGGCGGCCCCCCAGACCAAGCCCCACACUACCAGCCCUUCCGCCUGACCCCCUACGCCAUGAAGCUGCGACCGACGGACGGGGUCCCGGGCCAGCCCUGCUGCCUGCUCAUCGCGGAGCGCGUCCACUCCGGUUACGAGGCCCCCCGGAUCCCCCCAGACAAGAGGAUCUUCACCACCCGGCACACGACCGGCUGCGUGUUCCAGGACGUGGACGAGAGGGCGGCCCCGCUCCUGGGUUACCUGCCCCAGGACCUGGUGGGGGCCCCCGUGCUGCUGUUCCUGCAUCCUGACGACCGGCCCCUCAUGCUGGCCAUCCACAAGAAGAUCCUCCAGCUAGCCGGACAGCCCUUCGACCACUCCCCCAUCCGCUUCUGCGCCCGCAACGGAGACUACCUGACCCUGGACACCAGCUGGGCCGGCUUCGUGCACCCCUGGAGCCGCAAGGUGACCUUCGUGCUGGGCCGGCACAAAGUGCGCACGGGUCCCCUGAACGAGGACGUGUUCGCCCCGCCCCCCGCGGGCCGCGCCCCGGACCCCGGCGUGCAGGAGCUGUCGGAGCGGAUCCACCGGCUGCUCCUCCAGCCCGUGCACGGCACAAGUCCCACGGGCCCGUGUGGGGUGGGGGUGGCAGCCGCCUCCCCCGGAGCCUCCUGCAGCCCCGGCUCCUCCAGCGACAGCAACGGCGGGGAAGUGGAUGGCCCCCGCACUCCUGCCCCGCUCACGUUCCAGCAGAUCUGUAAGGACGUCCACUUGGUGAAACACCAGGGUCAACAGCUUUUCAUCGAAUCCAGAGCCCGCCGGGCCCGGCCCCCUCGCCACCGCCCCCGCCCAGUCCCAGAGGCCAUCAAGCCCAGUUCCCUCUCAGACCAUCCCCCGGGCUCGGCCGCCGGCCCCGGCCGCACCCCCAGCCCCCCCACCGUGGUCACCCCGGGCCCGGAGGACUCGGGCCGGAAAGAGCCGUCGAACUGCUCCUACCAACAGAUCAACUGCCUGGAUGGCAUCAUCAGGUACCUGGAGAGCUGCAGCGUUCCCAGCACCGUGAAGCGGAAGUGCGGCUCCUCUUCCUACACCGCCUCGUCCGCCUCCGACGACGACAAGCAGAAGGCCGCAGAGGACCAGGCCGUGGGGCCCAGGAAAGAUCCGUCCGACGAGCCCUCCCGGCCCCGGGCGGGUGUCCCAAGGCCGCCCCUGCGGAAGGAGCCGGUGGUGGGGGGGCCGCUGACCCCGCUCGCGCUGCCCAAUAAGGCGGAGAGUGUGGUGUCCAUCACCAGUCAGUGUAGCUUCAGCUCCACCAUCGUCCAUGUGGGAGACAAGAAGCCCCCGGAGUCGGAUAUCGUCAUGCUGGAGGAGGCGGCCAGCAGUGGCCCGGCCCCCGAGCCCGGCCCCGCGCUGACCGCGGACCCCUACCGGAGCGUGGGGCUGACCAAGGAGGUGUUGUCCCUGCACACGCAGCAGGAGGAGCAGGCGUUCCUGACACGCUUCCGGGACCUCAGCCGCCUGCGCGUUCUGGAUCGAGAGUCCGGGCUGCCCAGCCCGCCGGGCCAGCCAGGCCGGCGGGGCUGUCGGCUCGGCCCCCACCACCACCCGGGCCGCCGGCAAGGCCGAUCCAAGGCCAAGCGUCCCAGGCCCCUCCAUACCGCCGGGCCCGACCCCGCCGCCCCCCCCCUGCCCUUUCCCGCCCUGCUCCCCACCUACCCGCUCCCCGUUUACCAUCCCCGGGCCGGUGGCCCCCCUCCCCCCGCCCCCCAGCCCUUCCCCUCCCCACUGGUGACCCCCAUGGUGGCCCUGGUCCUGCCAAACUACCUGCUCCCCCCGCCUCCGCCCCCCGUCCCGGGGUACCCCUUCGGGGCGCCCCUGACCCCGCCGGCCCCAGCCCCGGGCUCGGGGUCGCCCUCGCCCCCGCCCCCGGCGGCCAGCCCCUCCCUGGCCCGCCCCACCUCGCCCCUGUUCGACUCACGCUGCAGCUCCCCGCUCCAGCUGAACCUGCUGCAGUUGGAGGAGCCGCCCCGGGCGGACGGGGGGCCGGGGGGCCCCGGCGGCGGGGCCGGGGACACCCCGCGGCGGGGUGCGGACGAAGAGGAGGAGGAAGAGGAGGAGGAGGAGGAUGGAGAGGAAUGCGGGGCCGGGAUGGCAGAGGUGAAUGAAUCGUCCAAUCAGGACGCCCUGUCCGGGUCCAGCGACCUGCUGGAGCUGCUGCUGCAGGAAGAUUCGCACUCCGGCUCCGGCUCCGCCGCCUCGGGCUCCCUGGGUUCCGGCUCCCGCUCCGGUUCCCGGGGCCGCAGCACCUCAGCCAGCGGCACCCGCGGCAGUGAGAGCAGCCACACCAGCAAGUACUUCGGCAGCAUCGACUCCUCGGAGGCGGAGCCGGCGGGGGGUCCGGCGGGGGCCGAGCCCGGCGAGCAGGUCAUCAAAUACGUCCUGCAGGACCCCAUCUGGCUGCUCAUGGCCAACGCGGACCACAAGGUCAUGAUGACCUACCAGAUCCCGGCCAGGGACGCGGAGUCGGUGCUGCAGCGUGACCUGGAGCGGCUCCGAUCCAUGCAGAAGCAACAGCCGCGCUUCUCCGAAGACCAGCGGAGGGAGCUGGGGGCUGUGCACCCCUGGGUGCGCGGGGGGCUGCUGCCCCGGGCCAUCGACAUCACGGCCUGCGUCGACUGUGGCAGCAGCGGCCCCGGCCCCCCGUACACGGAGGAGGAAGAGGGGGCGCUGCUGGAAGGACUACUGGAGCCGAUGGAGGAGGGGGGCGCCACCGCCCCGGAGACCGCCAUGGAGGAGGAGGAGGGGGCUGGGCCCGGGGCGGCCCCCGAGACCGCCGGAUGAGCCCGGUGGACGGGACCCGGCCCCCCCAGCCCCCGCCCGCCCCUCCUCACUGAGCCAGGAGGAAGGGGGCGCCGCCGAAGAACCACUGAGCGACCGGCUCAGACCCCCCCCUCGAGCCCCGCCGCCCCCACCAGGCUGGGUGAGCUACUGGCUGGCUGGCAAAAGGGAGGGAAGAGCAGUGAGGGGCGCCCCUUCCCUGUCUCCUGGGCGUCCGGGGGGCGGGACCCUCCUGGAAGCCGGCCCAUCCCACUGGGCCGCUUGGGUCCUGACCCUUCCCUUGGGGGGACCCGAGGCAGGAGGAAGUGUGGUUUAUGGCAGGGGGGUGGGGGUGGUCUCCCUGACGCCAGCCAGUCAGCAGAUGCCGCUCUGACCGGACUGGGGGGAUGGACAGCCCCAGGUACCAAGACCCCCAAGCUGCCAGGGGCCGGGGAGGGCGUCGUCGGUUCCUUGGAUCCGGACCCCUCCUCCCCCGUAGCCUUUGUGUUUUUGAUAUUGUUGUGUCCGUCUCUUUUUAUAUAUAAAGAAAAACAUUCAACUCGG